AUGCUACUGUCGAUGACAAAGGCAGAGUUGGAGGCAGCUCAGCACAAGCACUCCAAGCGCCAGCUCAAGGAAGAGGGCCGUGGCCGCAGUCGCGGCCGUGGCCGCAGUGGUGGCCGAGUUGGUCGCAGUGGCGGCCGUGGUGCUCCCAGCCACGGCCGUGGUGGUCGUGGAAAUGGCGGGGGCCGCAAUCGGGGCCGUGGCGGUCGGGGGAGGGCACAGGGUGGUGGAGAAGUGGGGGGGUCAGAAAAGGCCACAACACAGACCAAAGAGCAUAUCAAACCAAAGGCACAGGCCACUGGGAAGAGCAAGGCAAAGGCCACUGGGAAGAGCAAAGCAAAGGCCACUGGGAAGAGCAAAGCAAAGGCCACUGGGAAGAGCAAGGCAAAAGCUUCGGCCAGCAACGAGACCCCCCGCAAAGCCCCGAAACGUGUGGCUGAGUCCCCUGCUGGGGGAUUCCUUAGCAAGACUGCGAAGAAGCGAGCUGCUGGCAAAGCGAAGCGAAUGCAGGAUGCCGUUACGAACUUGCAGUUCCUCAAGGACAAUGCUUCGAUUCUGAAAGGAAUGACUUUCCCAGCUCCGGGCUUCAAGCGGCAAUCCUUCUCCGUAGACCCGCCGGAGAGGGGGGACUUCGGUGCAGUGGACAGAGACAAUGCAAGCAGCAUUGGUAUAAUCGUUGAUCGUGGCUCUUUCUACGUCAAGCAUGCCCGCAUCGCGCCUGAACUCGAACCGUUUGCACAGGUCGAUGGAAACGGUGGUGCUACGAUUGGGUGGAACAAGAGUCCCACCGUGAAGUGGGCGCUCUCGGGCUGCAUUGUGCUAUGUGGAAACAUAGUCGAAGACAGCCACAACAGCCACAGCAACAAUUAUGAAUAUCAACAACAGCAACCACAGCAACAGCAAUAA